AUGUUAUCGCAGGUCUGCAGUUAAAGUCGUGUAACUCCAUACAUUUCUCCAGCCUGCGUUUAUUCUCUUGCCAGCUUCUCCGGGGUUUAGUCAGACUGAAGAAAGUUACUCUUUCACAUCUAUUCAACUUUGAAACUUGCAACACACAAGAACAAGGAGAGGACACUUUGUUAUUCAUCCAAAUAUGUCAAGGUUUCUUCCUGGAAGGACUCGUAAUUACGCACGACUGAUUCCUCAGAAGCAAGACCAGGCUAGAAAAUAGUGUAUCGUUGUGUUUCUCUCUCAUCAGCUGUUAAACUUGAAGGAAAAGAGACGCGUGUGUGGAAGAAAGAACGAAGUCACAGCCUUUCUGGAAAAGGGAGGAGGAUUACAGGAAAGGUUCUCUGAGCCACAACGCACCACUCAGCGUCCAGCCUCCGGACGCGCUCCACAUCUCUGCUGCUGCGCGCCUCGAGGUUCACACGAUGGAGAAUAAGAUCCACGGAAGGAUGAGCUCCAUGUGUGUGUCCAUCGUCGAUUCAACCGACACGCGAGUGGGGGACUCCAGUGAAGCCGGGUACGUUAAUAUUAAACUAUCCAGCGAGGCACAGGCUCUCACUUGCAUGCCGUCCUCCGUGCGUAAUUUCGCCAACGGCGGCGGCGCACUGAUCCACGGGCUCCACUCGAGCGUCGAGGGCGCAGUUUUUAAAGAUUGUAACUUACUCGAUGCUUCAAAACACUUUUACGACCGCGGCAGUGAGUUUCUGAAGUGUAACAAUGUGCAGUGGGAAGACUUUGUCAAAGUUCAGAGGACGGAUGUGGCCACGUCCGACAGUUUGCCAGGCGCACUGACCACCGGAGCGUAUAAAUUCAUCAAGGACGAAAAGGAGCCCUCGGGGAUUAUGGAGACCCCGUGUCCCAACUUCGAUCCAUCACCGGAGAUACCGGCUCUCUUGGGGCUCGGUGGCGUGGAGGCGACGAGGUUCAGGCCGGCAGGCACCGCGGCUCCUCGGCCGGUGCUGGACGCGUCUCCAAGCUUCCUGAUGGACCUCAACCACCCGGAGCAGCUGCCGGCGCUGGGCCAGGUGAGGGCCGACUCCAGAUGCGGGUCAUCCGGGAAGACAGGCAUCAACUUUGACGCCAACAUCCACGCAGCAGCUCAGCAGUCGAUGUAUAAGACCGAGGUGGCCCGGUGGCAGAUGCCAGCUGAGUCGCAGUACUGGUGCCAGUCCGCAGGUGUGACCGAAGACCCCUUCACUCUCGGCGGCUAUGAGGGGAUCCAGACCCAGGCCCUCACCCAGAGGAACCAUUCACCCUUCCCUGCGUUCCCCGGUAUGCCGCCGCAGAGACAGUGUGUGAUUUGCGGCGACGAGGCUUCGGGUUGUCACUACGGAGUUCUGACCUGUGGCAGCUGUAAAGUCUUUUUUAAAAGAGCCGUGGAAGGCCAUCACAGUUAUCUGUGCGCCGGGCGAAACGACUGCAUUGUGGACAAAAUCCGGAGGAAAAAUUGCCCAGCAUGUCGCCUCCGAAAGUGCUAUCAAGCAGGGAUGAUGCUCGGAGGCAGGAAGCUGAAGCGCUUCGGGGCCCUGAAAUCCUUGGGCCUGGCCCCGUCCCUGAUGUUCCAGUCCCACCUGGCCAUGGCCGCCGACAGUCAGCCCUUGACCUCCAUGUCUUGCAUACCGGGCAUCCGCGAGGUGCAGCUCAGCCAGCAGAUCCUCAAUAUCCUGGAAAACAUUGAGCCGGACAUCAUGUACUCCGGCUAUGACAACUCCCAGUCCGACGUGCCCCAUCUCCUGCUCACCAGCCUCAACCAGCUGUGUGAAAAACAACUGCUGUGGAUCGUCAAGUGGUCCAAGUCUUUGCCAGGAUUUCGUAAUCUUCACAUCACCGAUCAGAUGACCCUCAUCCAGUACUCGUGGAUGAACCUGAUGGUGUUCUCGCUCGGGUGGCGCUCCUUUCAGAAUGUCACCAGCGAAUAUUUAUACUUCGCCCCCGACCUGGUGCUCAGCCAGGAGCAGAUGAGGAGAACUCCGAUUUACGACCUCUGCCUGGCGAUACAGUUCAUUCCUCAGGAGUUUUCAAAUCUCCAAGUCACCCGCGAGGAGUUUCUCUGCAUGAAAGCCAUAAUACUGCUCAACACAGUGCCUCUCGAGGGACUCAAAAGCCAGGCAGUGUUUGAAGACAUGAGACAGAACUACAUCCGGGAGCUGACCAAGGCGAUCCACAUGAGGGACAAGGGCAUGGUGGCCAGCUCCCAGCGGUUCUACCACCUCACCAAACUCAUGGACACCAUGCACGAGAUAGUGAAGAAGGUCAACCUGUUCUGUCUGAGCACCUUCAUCCAGGCCGACGCCAUGAAAGUGGAGUUUCCAGAGAUGAUGUCAGAGGUCAUUGCCUCCCAGCUUCCCAAGGUCCUGGCCGGCAUGGUGAGGCCCCUCUUAUUCCACAGCAAGUGACGGCGCUGUGGACACGUCCUGCGACUGGAUUAAUCAGCAACCCAACGAUUACAAAUGUAGUCAGUCAUCUGUAAUUUGCCAAACCGCCUCUGAGAACCAUCUUGAAUAUUAUAAAUUCAGAGGCAUGAAUCUCCUCUGUAGGAAUCUGGUGCAGCCGCCCUCUCCCAUUCGGCCCUCUGUGUACAGACGGUGUACAGCUGGUUUCGAGAACCUCUGGAGAUAUUUUUGUACUAGAGCACAAAUAUUCCGUGUUUCUAACCCAAAGUGUUUCCUUAAUAAAGGAGACGCAGAAACCUGCCACUUAAAAAUAAUCAUGUUAUUUCAGGGUUAACGGCAUCUUCAUCAGGGAGGAAGACAACUCUCUUUAAAACAUGUGUUUAAACCAAUAGUCCCGUUAAAUUCAAUCAAUCUGCACCAAAUUGCACACAUAUAUAUAUAUAUAUAUCAGUCCUCUAAAUAUGCCAGAUUUUUUUCAUUAAGAUACAUAAAUUAUUCUCUGGGAACAAAAUGUUAUGGGUUCUUCUUUGGUUCCAGAAAAUUACACAAUAAAUAUAAUAUAUAACCACUAAAACAAACACAACCUCCGUGGUGGAGGUAAAAAAAAAAGACAUAAUAACCGUGUGAGUGAAUUAGUGGAGUCGGUGCAUAUCUCUGCCAAACACUGCUCAGUGCCCUAAAUGUGUUAUUUUUAUAAUAGAAGAGAUUUCUAAUUUUAUUAAAUUUCUAAAUCCACAUAAAAAAAUCCACAGAUGUUAGUAGGACACGUGAUGGAUUUAAUUCAAGUGAGUGCAGUCAUGUUCAAUGUCUUUCACAAUAUCAAGAAAUCCUUAAAACUAAUGGACUUAACUUUACACCGGAUUCUAUUCAAGUGAAAUAAAUAAACCUGCCUUGACGAAGGUAUAAACAUGUGCAAUAAAACCAAAUUUAACUGUGUAGAGGAAGGAACCUACAUCAUCAGUCUACUCCUAAUAAAAAAUGUAAA